GUAUUCUGAUUGAAUCGGUCUAGUUUGUAUUUAGUUGGACGAGCGGAGCGGCAAGAAGAGCGAAGGGAGCCUGUCGCUGAACGCGGUGCCCGUGGAUACUGUUCACUGAUCCGCUCGGUGCAGAGGCGGAAUGAUGUGAGCUCGUGACGGGCUUCUUUUCUUCUUCUUCUUCUUCUUCUCAUUGUCCGCGACGCCGGAGGAGUGUUUGCAGGCUGCACUCGCGAGGAUGCAUCCGACGGCAACUGCGCAGGGAUGCCUCCGCUGAACGUGGUUACGAAAAAGGGCGUCUGUUACAACGAUGAAGGCUUCUUCCUUUUUGUUGUGAACAACGGGCCACCCGCAGAAUCACUGCAACGCCGCUCGCCAUGGUCACCGUGCACGCUCGGCUCACCCGUUCCCGUGAAGAACAUUGCGCAGUGCAGUGAAAAACGGGGGAUAUCGCGUUGUGGAUAUUUUUUUUCCUUCAAAUUCGUGGUGAGUGUUUUUUUUGUAAACCUAAUGAGCGGCUAUUCGACUGGGCAUCGCGUCCCCAGUAUCGGCUGUACACAUCCCGCAGAGUGUUGGUGCACAGUCCAUGUAAGAAGCUUUGUCCAGUGGUGAGAGCCACUCUCCGAGGGUACAGAUGAGAGGCAAACAAUACCAUCAACCACUGAAGUUGACAGCGCCUUGGGAGAAGGAUGCUGGCUUUGGGAGGAAGCUUAAAACCUACAGGAAUCAUACCAAGAUCAUAGCGCAGCCUGGGAUCGUGAUGAAAGUCCUCCGCAGGAAGAGGAUUGUGUUAUUUAUGGCCUACUUCUUGCUGCUGGUCCUCACCAUGCUCAACUUGGCUAAUUAUAAAUGGACUAAAGAGCCUCAGCAGUGUAAUCAUCAGAUGAGGAGCACCACUUAUCAAAGCAGAUCUGACAUUCGCUUCCUUUACAGGCCCUCGUUGGCGAAAAAGAGACAGCUCAUCUAUGUUCUGACCACCUGGAGGUCCGGCUCGUCUUUUUUCGGGGAGCUUUUUAACCAAAACCCUGAUGUGUUCUUCUUGUAUGAGCCGAUGUGGCACAUCUGGCAGAAACUGUACCCGGGCGAUGCAGUGUCUUUACAAGGGGCGGCCAGGGACAUGCUUAGCUCCUUAUACCGCUGUGAUCUGUCUGUUUUUCAACUUUACAACAGCCCUGGGGGCAAGAAUUUCACCUCCCUGGGACUAUUUGGGGCCACCCUGAAUAAAGUGGUGUGCUCCUAUCCCCUGUGCUCGGCCUACAGGAAAGAGGUGGUGGGGAUGGUGGAUGAUAAGGUGUGUAAAAAGUGCCCCCCUCAAAGCCUUAGACUGUUGGAGGAGGAGUGCCUCAAAUACAGCACCAUAGUCAUUAAAGGGGUACGCAUUUUGGACGUUAACGUGUUAGCCCCACUCAUGGAGGAUCCAUCCUUGGAUUUGAAGGUGAUACACCUGGUCAGAGACCCGCGGGCAGUCGCCAACUCCAGGAUCAAAUCCAGACACGGCCUGAUAAGGGAGAAUCUACAGGUGGUCCGCAGCAGGGAUCCCAAGCUCCGCCGGAUCCCUUUUGUGGAUCCCGGUCACAAAGCCAACAAGAAGGACGGAGCCGACUACCACUCCAUCGGAGCCAUGGAGGUGAUCUGUGACCGCACCUCCAGGACUUUGAGGACUGCCUUAAACCCACCCAGCUGGCUGAAGGGAAAGUACAUGGCAGUGCGGUACGAGGACCUGGUGGAGAACCCAGUUAAGACCCUACGGAACAUCUACCGCUUUGCCAACCUCACCACCAACCACGACAUAGAGUCGUUUGCACUGAACAUGACCAGUGGCUCCAGCUCCUCCUCUAAGCCAUUCAUAGUCUCGUCCAGGAAUGCCACACAGGCUGCUAGUGCAUGGAGAACAGUGCUCAGCAUUCAACAGAUCAAACAAGUGGAGGACUACUGUCACCACGCCAUGUCGGUUUUGGGGUACGAAAGAGUCCGAACAGCCGGGGAGGCCAAGGACUUGAGCAAAUCGCUACUGACAUACUCCAAACUGUGAAAACCUACUCUCCACCAAAGACCUUUUAAUUUAAUGUUCAUUUUGCAUCGAGUGCCGUUUCCUCUUAUUGUGGAAUUAAAGCUUUACUUUAACUCAGUGUUCGAGGAGCUCCACUGGCCACAUUUGGAAUGUAUCAUGUUUCUCUCUGUUGUGGUAUUUGAAGGGACCACUUCUUUUAUACUGGAAUAUUGGAUGUGUUCGACAAUGUAAGGCCUGUGAACAAUGACUUAAUUAGUGAAGCUGCAACAAUGGAGAAAAAAAACAACAACAACGACAACUGUAUAAUUCAUAUAUCUUGUUAUGAUGACUUCUUCAAAGUGAAUAUUUUUGAGGUUAUUUUUGAAUGUUCAAAACCGUACAAAAAAAAAAUCUGUUUUUUUUUUUCAGUCUCCAUACUGUCUGUAAAAGUGAAAAUAGUUGAUGACAGAAAAACAAUGAACUGAUUAAAAAAAAAAAAAAAGAAAGAAGCUCAUUGCUAAUGUUUAUUUGUAAGAUCUGGUUUAAGUCAGAGACAAUCAAUACAUUGGCUUGUUGAUGUGCCAUAGGUAGAGGUGUGAUGAUGAAUAGGCCACAUCAGAACAGCAGUCGUGCUCUUUAUAGAUUUUUAAAAAAAGAGGAUGUUUUGAUUUCUGUCACCAAAUCCUCGUCGAUGAUAUCAUGCACUGUGGACAAUGUCAUGGCUCCGGAGCUGGAGAGUCUCUCUCAGCGUCAGUGUCAGCAGCCUGUUCUGCCAUUUCAAAUGUUUACAAUUGCU